CGCCCACCCAGCCUGCACCCGUCUUGUGUGUUUACUCCAGCCUCCCUUGCCUGCAUGUAGCUUUAAUCAACACUGUUUGCUAAACAACUUGGAAGACGGCUGCGCUCGCCUGUUUCUCUCCCCCUCAUCCUUCCUUCCUUCCUUCCUUCACUCCUCCGCUUCCUUCGCCAGGAUCGAGCCAAAACAACAAAAACGGGGAAUGCGUGCUUGCUUUUUCGGACUACUACUACGACGCCACCCUCGAGCCUGCGGAGACUGGAGCCGGAGCCGCUGCAGAAAUGUGGGGUGGUGAUGCUCGGCAGCUGUAGCCUCCGCUAUGGACAUCGGUGAGGGAGGAGGAGAGGAUGGAGGGGGAGGAGAGGACAGAGAUGCAGACCUCAGUCCCCAGGCUUUAUCUUGCCCUCUCCUGCCCCUGGCGUUCAUUCCCAAGGAGGUGUCAGCCUCUCGUACCUCAGCUGGGGCUCCUUCCAAAGAGCUCCCGGCCCCGCGUGAGAAGCAGGGUGAGGGGGGCGCCGAGGGGUCCCGGGCUGGAGGAGAGACCCAGGUAGGGGGGCAGAAGGACGGACCCCGUCACACACGUCAAGAGGAUGGCGCAUGCCAAAAGCGGUGGAUGAAAGAGAUCUUCUGGGAGGGAUAUCCAUCAGGGCAAAACGGGCAGGGGCAGGCAGGCAUGGGAGUGAAGUCGGAAACAGGGGGUUUCCCAAAAUCCGUCAGCAGCAGCAGAGGAGGGGAGGAGAAAGAUGAGGAGGAGGCCAUCUCAAACCAAAGCCAAAACAAAUCCAAAUGUUCUUUAUUACCUCAACAGAGCCAGCAAAGCGGUUCUUCCAGCACGGCAAAGGCCAGUGGCAUGUUCGACAGCAAAACAGCCGCCUCUCCAAAGUCCUCCCAGACUCCCCCCACCUCUCCAAAAGCCUCCUCUUUUCUUUCCACCUCUCCAAAGCACUUCACCUGUCCAUCUUACUCUUCUGCCCUGCUGAGUGACACAGAGGCAAAAGACCCAACGGGAGAUCAGGGCUGGAUUUCUAGCUUUCCUCAGAGCUUUAAAUCCCAGCAGUCAAGUCUGGCUUUCCCAUUGGCAGGUGUGGAGGGAGCCAGUGCGCCUGCUGAGGACGACGGGCCGGCAGGGGUUCCUCACUCUUCCAUUUCCAACGGAGAUGUUGCCAAAGCUCUAGAACCAAAUGACAGCCAACUUGAGACAGACAUGGAUGACGAGAGAGACAACGAAGCAGAACAGAAAGAUGCUGUCCCCAAAAACCUCAACCAAGACCUCUCCCCAAAUUCACUGACGAAUCACAUGACUGCAAUGCACUCGCGCAAUUCCUGCAAGACGCUGAAAUGCCCCAAGUGUAACUGGCACUACAAGUCUCAGCAUACACUGCAACUCCACAUGAAAGAGAAACAUCCCGAGCCAGGCGGCCAGUGUGUGUGCGGCGCCUCCGGCGGGAAGUGCGUUUGUGGCAGUUCGACACGGGGUGUGUGUGGCUACUGCAGUUCAGGGAAACCCCAUCCCCGCUUGGCCCGGGGCGAAACCUAUGCCUGUGGCUACAAGCCCUACCGCUGUGAGGUGUGUGACUACGCUACCUCUUCGAAAGGCAACCUCAGCAUACACAUGCAGUCAGAUAAACACCUUAACAACGUGCAAAAUGGGACACACACCAAUGGCCAGAUACACACUUCGCAAGUUAGUAACGACAAUAGUAGCUCCUCUAACGGGGCCACAGUGGACGAGCAGGCAUACAAGCACUCGCUUUCCGUUCCCACAUCUACCGCCCACCCAGCCAAGCUCACACUACCUGCGCACUCUCCGUCGCAUGGCAAGCGGUGGCGGUGUGACGUCUGCGACUAUGAGACGAGCAUCGCCCGCAACCUGCGCAUACACACCACCAGUGAGAAACACACGCAUAACAUGCUGAGGCUGCAGAGGGGUUACUACCUGUCCCACUGCAGGAGCCUUACUCCCCAUCUGAAACACUUACAGAACGCAGGUGGAGAGCUGUCCUUGAACAUGAGACUGACCACGCAACAAGUCACAGAACUGCCUGUCACCCUCGGUUCAACGCUGACUCCUUCCCCGUCGCCUUCACCCUCUCCCCCGCCAGCGCUGUCUUUGUCUCCCACCGGACCGCUCUCCCAGGGUGUGUUCCAGUGCCUCAUCUGCUCCUGCUUUUCGUCUGAUAGCUUAGAAUCCGUGGAGCAGCACCUGAACACGCCUCGCUCCCUGCCCCAGUCUGAAUGGUGCUCUCUGGUCGCCGGUGGCUGCCACUGCAGGCUGUGCGGCUACACCACCCCACUGAGGGCUAACUUCUCCUUGCACUGCCAGACUGACAGGCACAGAACCCGCUACCAGCUUACAUCACAUGUUCAAGAAGGGGGCGACCGGGGUCAGGAAGGUGCCGCCUUGUUAGCUAAGGGCAACCCUAUUCAGCUUAGGUGCAACCUGUGCGAGUAUGCAACGAGCAGUUUGGAGAAGCUACAAGGACAUUCCCGGAGUUCCCACCAUGAGUCCAGUGUUCGGGUUUACAGAUUCCUGCAGCAGUAUGAUGGCGAGGUCGAUGGCGGUUCGUAUCUAUUCCAUUGUCUCCUAUGCAACCACUCUUGUUCCUCCAAGCUUCAAGUUUUAAAACACAGUCAAACUCAGACCCAUCAGCAGAGGGAGGGGCUGCUCCAGCUGCAGCCAAUGGGCGGAGAGGAGCUGGCAGCAAUUUUCACUAUCACAAAAAGCCCUGAUGGGGUCACAGGAGAACUUAAUGAGGAUAUGGAAAAUUCCAGCGAGGUCAUCACCAGUCCUUUGGACCAAACCAAAGACAACUUGAGGGUUAAGCAGAGUGAUAAAGAGACUGAAGAAAAUGUGACAGAGGAUGGAGACAAGAGGGAGUCAUUCAAGCGUCAAGCGUCUGGAUGUGGGGAAAUGGAAAACUCCAUCACAACCAAACGACCCCGAGCACACCAGCAAAGCGAGAACCAGCAGACUGUCCAGUGCCCUUUGUGCCAAGCUCAAAUCCCAUACGCAAACCUUCGACCACACCUCACGCAUGUGCACAGUGUGGCACAGGACUGUGUAGAUAAGCUCAUCAGCACAGUCACACGAUCCAAUAAACAAGUUCAGCCUCAGCUGGAAAAUGAACUGCCAUCUGACAUGAAAAAUAGCCAGACACGUAGUUCUCACACAAUGGAUUCCGUUACCUCAGCUGAGUCACCAAAAAAGAAAAGCAUUUCAGGAGAGAACACAGAGGGAAAUGUAGCCGCACCCAAAGAUGUUACAGCUCUACUCACCCCACCUCUUGAAGACAACGCCACUCACCCUUCCAAUGGAAGACUGGUUCCUCAAUCUCUGACUCACACACCUCCCUCCUCCCCUACCGCCGACCUCCCUCUGCUUGCUGAUCGCCAUGGUUACCGGUUUCGUUGCAGCAGGUGCAGCCUGGCGUUCCCCACUCAGGAGAAGCUCCAACUUCACUGGCAGUACCAUGCCAUGAGGGCAGCGACAGAAUGCCCCCUCUGCUCCAGACAGUGUCGCAGUCAGGAGGCCCUGCAGAGGCACAUGCAGAAUACACACUCGCAGCCGGACAACACUCAGAAUACAGCGUCACUGCCUCAUAUGACACAAUACGUAGAACACAGUAAGAGCUCAUUCCAACAAGACGAAAGUUUAUCACCCCAAGCUGGCCAAGAAGCCGGUGACGAUGAAGAACUGCAAGAAGAAGACGAAGAAGGAAAGGAACACAAAGAGGAAUGGAAAACUAAAGACAAAUACCUAACUGGUGAAACUGGUCAGGGUGAUGAUGAAUUAACUGAGCCAGAAAAAGUACUAAAUGAUGAAAUUCCAUCAGAACCUAGUUCAAUUUCUCUUACCAAAAAGAGCUGUAACCCAACAAUGGACCGAUAUUUGGAUCCAGCAAGGCCGUACAAGUGCACCGUAUGUUCUGAAUCUUUCACCCAGAAGACAAUUCUUCUGGUUCACUACAAUUCAGUGUCCCAUCUCCACCGAGCCAGACGAGCCCUGCAGGAAUCGAACACAAAUGUCUCUACCCCAGAGGGUCCCCGUGGCCAAGAUCCUCGACCUUACCGAUGCAGACUAUGUGGUGUGAGCUAUAGCCAGAGCUCCACAUUGGACAUACAUCUACGCUCAGUUCUUCACCAAACAAGAGCUCGUGCUGCACAGAACCCAGGUACACAAACACCAGUGUCUAGUGUAGCUACUCCAGUAUCCACCACCACCACUACUACUGCUACUCAGUCUGCUAUUACUGGUAAGGAGACGUGUUGUUUGCCUUUCACCAAGAAGCCAGAUGUAACUACUACUUCAUCAGGAUCAGUAGCUGAGUUCCAAUCCACUGUCUCAACCGAAGGUCAACAGGCUAAAAAGAGAGUGGCAGAACUGAUAGCAUCAAGAAACCAGCUACUACUAAUGCAACAGCAGCAGUUGGCUCAGGCACAGGCCCAAGCCCAGUUACAACACACAGCAUUGCUCCAGGCCCAAGUGAUGCAGCAUCUCCCUAUCGGACCAGAGAGUCUCUUUCAGCACUUCUCUUUGGCACCAGACAACUUGCUGUCUCUGCAGCAACAACUUCUUCUGCCCUUUUACUUUCCGGGAGACAUGAAACUUAACACAGAGUUGGCAAUAAAGAGCUUGGAACAUACCCAAUCUGAGGCAGCCAAGUCUACCCCGAGUGAACAGAUGAAUGGAGAGGCCAAAAAAGAGAACAAACCUCAAACAGAUGAAAAACAUAUUCAGAAUCAAUUUUCAUCCUCAGAUGAUAUCCAAACAAAAGAUAUGUCUUUUGACGUCCAAAUUGAAUAUGGCAGUGGAUCCUCCAGCAGCCCAAAAGAAAAAGAAUAUAUCAGAAGUCUUAUUGACGAAAAAGAAAUGUCUGCUCCUGUUGUUAAAAAUGAGAGUCAAACACAGGAAAAUGAUUCAUCCACAGUUCAUGUCCCGAAUUUACAGUGCCCUCCACCAAGAGUGCCAUAUGCUGCUGUGAACGGGGAAGCUCUCAGGACUUUGUUGCAGAGUUAUGGCUAUGAGUUGGCAUUACAGUAUAUACAAAGUAGACAUAGGCACCAGCAGCAGAUUGCAACCCAAAUGAUAAAUAUGAGAAAUGAUUGUUCUGAUAUUCACAAAAUGGAAUUAUAUUCAGGGGAACAAAAAAAGUCAAUUGGAGCAGAUGAUGGAACUGUGCAAAGCUGUAAUAAGGAUAUCAAAAAUGAAGUUGAAGAAAUGCAGAGUUUCCGAGGGGAACAUAAUCAGGGCAAAUGUGAUGAUGAUAAUGAACAGGCAAACAAAGACAAAGAAUGCUGCGGAAAAGGAGAAAAGUGUAGAGAUUGCGGGAAGUUUUUUUCAGAUGCCAUGAUUUUAAAAAGUCACCAGGAAUACAUUCACAGACAAGUGCUUCCCACUGCUGCGCUAGAGAGGUUUUCCAGAGAAUACCGACUACAAUAUGAUCAAUUGUACCCCCUGAAAGAGAAAAUAUCUGGAGAGGAUUCAUCUCAGAGUACGCCAUUUACAAUUCCAGCUCCAUCCUCAGAAUCAGAACUCUUAUCUGAAGCAGAUAAGCCUCAAGUCAAAACAUUACCUCUGUCCUCAUUUUCGGAUUCUGGAAAGAAAACAUCUGCUACAGCUGAAGAUCCAACAACUGCCUCUGAACCCUCUCCUCCGCAUUCUUCUCAACCUCAAAUAUAUCCCCAAAGAGAGGCACCCCUUACAAGCACUUCAUCUUCUGUUACUUCUCAAAACACAUCACCAGCGAUUUCCAUGUCUGUUCCCUUACCAAAAAUACCUAUGCUUCCUCUGUCCCAGCUUUCGAUUCCCCCAUUGACUUUACCCAAGCUUCCCAUACCCCCGAUUCCUUUUCCGAUGGAGCUACCGCUCAUUCCUCCAGUAGUGAUGCAGUCUGUGGGUCUCCAGCCCCAAACUUGGUUAGACUCGAGUGUGAACCCAGAGUUGGCAAAACUCUACCAGUCUCAACUGCUUGGGCAGCAGGCAUCUAUUAGUCCAGCAGUGAUUUCACAACCAUCUCAGCUAAGCCCGGCAUUGCUCAGCCAGCCUGCUCAAGUUAAUACUUUGCUGCUGAGUCAACCAGUUCAGAGCAGCUCCGUUUCAACAGGAGGGCAGCAACCCCAAAUCAGCCCAACAUUACUGGAGCAACAGCAGGGCAAGAGAACCCGGACUCGAAUAUCUGAGGAUCAGUUGACUAUUCUGAGAAAAAACUUUAAUAUCAACAGCCUCCCUAGUGAUGAGGAGCUAAACAAGAUAUCUGGUCAGUCUGGUCUACAACACAAAGUCAUCAAACACUGGUUUCGGAACACCCUUUUUAAAGAGCGCCAACGUGACAAGGACUCACCAUAUAAUUUCAAUAACCCCCCAACCACAGCCCUUGAGGAGUCCAGAGAGGAAGUCACACAGACACUGUCUCCACCCUCACCACCACCGACAGACAUGUCCCAUCAAACCCAGUCAACUGACAUCCAAAGAAGCAAUACCCACAGGGGGAGGCGCUCUUCUCGAACCCGUUUUACAGAGAAACAGCUGGAUAUGUUGCAGGGGGUGUUUGAAACAACUCCCUAUCCUAGAGAGGAGGAAUAUGACAGGCUUUCAGCCCUGUUGUCUCUCCCGAACAGAGUCAUUGUGGUAUGGUUCCAAAAUGCUAGGCAAAGAGCCCGCAAGAGCCAGGACAGAGGGGCCGAUGACGAAAUAGAGGGGACGAGCCAGCUUGACAUUCUUAGAAAGAGAGACGGAUACUACAAGAAUGAUGAUACUGAGGGGAACAGCAAUGGGGAUGAAGGGCAAAGUGACUCUCACAAUGAAAAUUCCAUGGAUCUGACAUAUGAGUACUAUACCCAUCCAGACUCCCCUGCCCCUGAUUUUUCUACUAUUUACACAGAAAGCGAGCCUCUGCUGGGCACUGAAGAAUUAAGAUCUAGUGCCAAGAAACAAGAAAACAAAACAGCCACUCCUCAGACUAGAAAAAAUGCUAAAAAAGAAAGUACAGAUAUGAACGCUGACAGCAAAGAAAUAGUGCAAGCAAUGAAACGUGUGUCCUCCUCAGAAGCUGAGAAUCUGAUCGAACCUCCGCGAGAAAGUUCAGCAGAAAGACCCCAGCCUCACCCUUCUGCCCUCCCGCAAAGCACAGUACAGAAGAGCCCAUCAAUGUCUCGUGCGAGCCAGGAGCAUAUCGAGAGUUCAACCCCAGAUAAAGUUGUCGAAAAACCUGCAGUUACAUCACCAAGCCUACCUUCGUCUCCAGAGUCUGAAAAUAACCACACUCUGCAGCCUGACACCUCCUCCCGUCUAUCCACUGAGACUCAGUCACUAAACCAACUCCCAGUCCCAAACCCGUUUCAGUGCAAUAUAUGCCCAAUGUCCUUGCCAUCAUUCCAGAUAUGGCAAGAACAUCAGACAAGGCACCUCCUUGCGGCUCAGUCGCAGGUCCAACUCCUUCAUUCUGGUUUCACAGAAAGAACCUUGCCAUACAUGAUGCUCCACUCCAACCAUUCCCUGAUGGCCAGCCAAAUGCUCUCAGGUGCUAUGACACAGUUGCACCCCAAUGCCACAAGUCCCAUGAUUUCACACAUAAAUAACACACAAGUUAAGAACUCACUCGCUGACCUGUCUCAGAGUUCCUUGAACCAGAACUCAAAGCUAAUGUCAGAGGGCAGUUUUGAUGUUCAAAGGUAUAGCAGAGAGGCUGAGGAAGAGCAUAGAAGGGACAAGCGUCAGAGAACCACCAUCACCCCAGAACAGCUUGAAGUGUUGUAUCAGCGUUACAGCCUGGACUCCAACCCCACCAGAGGUGUCCUGGAGGGCAUUGCACAGGAUGUGGGCCUCACAAGAAGAGUGGUUCAGGUCUGGUUUCAAAACACACGGGCAAGAGAGAGAAAAGGGCAGUUCAGGUCAAUGGGGCCAGGAUCAAGUUUCAGCAUGGGCUUGAACCACCUCCGCUGUCCAUUUUGCAGGGCUCUCUUUAAGGUGAAGAGUGCCCUGGAUGCCCACAUGAGAUCACGCCACUGGGUAGAGGCUGAAAGAGCGGGCUACAACUUAUCAAUGAGUAAUGGAUCCAGCGGGCCCAACGAGCUGGCUAUGUCUUCUGUCAUGGACAAACCAGGCCCAUCUAUCUCCUGUAACUUUGUCCCAAACACUGGCAUUGCCAUCAGCAACAAAGAGCAAACAGUGAAGCCACCCCUUACUUUUCUGUCUUCAACCAAUGAUCUGAACAACCCAGAGGAGUAUGAUGACUUUGAGGAAGAUGAUGAGGAGUUUCAAUGUGAAGAGGGUUCAAGUAUGGUUGACCAGGGGUCUCUGAGUCCAGAGGGAUCAGGGGGUCCAAGUUCGGACUGGGGUGAGACUCUACAGCAACACCACCAUCAGCAGCAACGCCAAAGGACACAGAUGAGCCACUUCCAAGUACUCCAGCUUAGAGACUUCUACAAGAGCCACCGGACACCAAAUCGACAUGAGUGUGAGGCACUUGGCCGGGAAUUGGGUCUUCCUCACCGUGUUGUACAGGUAUGGUUUCAGAAUGCCAGAGCCAAGGAGAAGAGGGCAAGAACCUUGAGCUCCGACUCUGCAGAAAGAGAGCAAGCUGAGCUGACAGCAGGCGCAGGGGAGAGAGACCGGGCUUAAAGAGGGUCCCUUUACGUUAUUCUACUAUGCCCUUAAAACUCACGUCUACUGUCAACUUCUUAAACAAAACUUCACAUUGCUGCCAAAUCUGUUUCCUGAGCACCCCAAAGAUGCAGAGCCACCGUGGCCCAAAGAGAACCCUUUUCAGCUGAAAGUAAGCCCAAACCAUGCCCUUUUUGCGCCAACUUUUCUUCUUUUUUUAAUUGCUCUCCCGGACGCGGUCUGUCUUUCCUUGUUGCCCCUAUUCUUGUUGUGUCAGACACCUUUCUACAACCAAACUCUGAUUGGAAAACAAUAACAACAAUGCCACAUAGGCCAAAGAGCAUUCUCCAAGUAUGUGACCUCACUGCCUGGCUAGACCUGCAGUCUACCUCUCAGUCACCACGACAGACUCGAUGUGGGCCCCGUCAACCAGACAGUAGGACUAGCAGUGUAGCAUUUAGUGCUGGUCUUCAAAAGGCUGAAAGAGGAACCGUCAAAGAAAUUUUAGUGUAAAUAGUGUUCCAAAAGAUAAACUUGAAAAAAAAAAAAAAAAAAAAACAGUUAACGAUGGAAGAUGAGGAGAAAACUAAGUAAUAUCCUGUAAUAGAUGGUGGUAUUUCCAUUGAGCUUUUGUAAAGACUGACUCAGAUUCCAAAGCUCGUAACCAAAAUUUUACGUCUGUCAUUCCAUCGUGUUUUCGGUAACAAACUGCAGAGCUGACGUCUGUACGGUGAAGGGUAAGAGCCCUGCACCAGGCACAGGAAAAGAACAAACCAUUGGACUGAUAUAGUGCCAGUGUGCAGCUCCACCCACCACAAGCCAAUGAUGACUCUUCUGUUGUACAUGGACACCUUCUAUGUUCCUUUUGUGGAUAAUAGUCCAAAUAGCACAGAACAGAAAGGCAAGUUUGCCCUGAAAGGGACAAACUAUUUUUAUAGCACUCAACCAUAAUACUGUAUAUGAUCACUUUAACCAAACUCAAAUUUACAUUUUGUGUGUGUGUGUGUGUGUGUGUCUAGUAAUAGUUUCUUAAUAUAAAUCUUAUAAAUUUGAGAUCAACUGUCUUGCUUCGGUAUAAUAGUGUCAUGAUUAUGAAAAGAUUGUGACAGCUUUGAUAUGUUCAGGUAAGGAUUAACUGCCUUUCUGUUCUUUGAAUAUACCAAUGGCUUACUGAUGUUGUGUGACAAAUAUAAAGCUUUCUACGCUCAGGUCAGCAGCUCAAUAUGGCUCCACCUCCAAUGUGAACCCUACAUUUUCUGUCUCUAAAGCGGAAGGGGCACAGUUUAGGUUGGGACAAAGUGUUACAUCGAUAAAAACAUCUGUGUAUGUCAAAGAUCUGAGCUUUUCACCUCAAAUAGAUUGUUACAGAAAAACUUAUUGAAACUAAAGUGUUUAAUAGCGUGAGGGGUAAAUGUACAGUAUUUAGCUUUUGUAUGGUUGACUCAAGACUUCAUUGGAUGUUUGAGACGCAGCUCCUGUUUCUACACACCGACAAGGAGCUUCUGCGCUAAGCGGAGGAAAAACGUAAUGAUGGAUGUUAUCGAUGUUAUUUUUGUACACUUAAUUUAUUUUCCCUUUACUC